AAAUAUAACCAAAUAUUCGGCCAUAAAAUCGGCGAUUAAUCAUACUCGAUUCGAGCCAAGUGCGCUGUGCCAGGCAGCCCACGGGGGACACUUUUUUUAAAGCGCUAGAGACGAGAGAAUACCCUGGAAACUGGAAACCCAAACCUUGGCUUGCGCAAGCAUUAGCCAAGAAAGCCUCUACUGGCGGUACCCACCGCACAAUAGUCGUAUCUACAGCGGAGACGGCUGCGAUGGUGGCCAUAAUCAAUUGACAUGAUUUCCACAUGAAUUGCCAUAACAACAACAGCACUAACCCAUAUUGGGGCACAGUGCCUCGGUUCGUGGUACGAAUGUUGGCCACCCAAAUACGCAAAUGUGGCUCCGGAAUCGACCAAACUCCGGUAACCCGGGGCGACCGCAUCAAAUUUAGGGCCUUCGAGGCAAACUAACCUAAGCCAAGCUGGAAGUCGGAGCGUUGGCCAGAAACCAGAAAUCAGUUCGGCAGCAGCAAGCCAGGAAGUUGGGACACCCGCGGCUCCAGAAAUCCAGCGCCAGAGCAUCCACCAAACUCAAGCUACUCCAGCAAGGACAGAAGGAAGAGAUCAUCUGGAAAGAUGUGCGACUGCGGCUGCUACUCCUACUGUCUGCACGACAGCUCCUGCUACAGCCACUACCACUCGCACUCCCACUCGCACCACUGCUGCGCUGGCUACAAGUAUCUGAAGUGCCUCUGCCGCUACUAUCGCCAUGUGCACUGCACCUGUUCCUGCUGGCGCCGGAAAUGCUAUCUGCUCUAAGGAGCCCCAGCUCCAGUCCCGGAAGGUGCAGGAUUCCUACGGAGGAGGGGAAGGGCGAAGGAGCAGUACUCACCACUCCACAGCGCACUGAAAAUCAAAACUCAAACAACGCAAAUCACCAAAGAAAUCACACGAUAAAGUCCUUUAGGCGGUUGCAUAACACUUGGUUGCAUCCUGACGAGCAGUAGGCAGAGGAUACAAAAGGCGUCGAGGUGCAGAGACGGAGGAGGACCCAGGGGGAUCCAGAGAACGAAAGGAAAACAACUAGCGUGCAUACGGGUCGUAUGAGUAACGUCUUAGUUGUGUGCGUGUCUGAGUGAGCGAUUGUGCCAGUUCGGAGUGUAGGGCUAUGAGUGUGUGCUUGCAAAUAGUUCAAGGAUGUGGCCAACAGCGUUAUCGACUGCGUUUGCAUUUUGCAUUUGCGAAUUCCCAUAGACACCCCCCGACACCCCAACACACCCAUACACACCCCGAACGAAACAACUCUAAUUAGUGCGUAAGUUUUACUUCACACGACACUCGAUAAACACUCGAUACACCUCACCUCACAUCGUUUCCGAUCUAUAUCGUACAUGAAUGUUAGAGCGUAGCCGUCAAGUCGACCCAGUUAAUUCGCCAUAUUUGUAACGUUUCCAAUCCAAAACAAUCCAGAAAUAAAGUUUUCUCCAACACACCACAGGGCACGCUGUU